AUGAGUCUAUGGGGAGUUUAUCAGGGCCCACAGCCGCCCAAGAAAACUCUACUGGAAAUGACCCAACAAGAACAGGCAGAAGCAGGAGCACAACAAUUUGUUAGCUUUAUGCAAUCAUGUCCUGGGAAAACCGCUAUGGCAGGGGUAAGUGGGUUUGCGUUGGGUGGGUUUUUUGGUUUGUUUAUGGCGUCUAUGGCAUACGAUGUUCCCUUGGGCACAGACUCUGUGAAGCAUAUAAGUGAAUUACCAUUUAAACAACAAAUGAAGUUGCAGUUUGGUGAUAUGGCCAAGAGAUCAUACUCGUCAGCAAAGAAUUUCGGAUAUAUUGGUUUUGUCUAUUCUGGUGUUGAAUGUGCUAUUGAAAGUUUCAGAGCCAAACACGAUAUAUAUAAUGGAGUUAGUGCUGGGUGUAUCACCGGGGCGGGAUUGGCUAUAAAAGCUGGUCCUCAAGCUGCAUUUGUUGGAUGUGCUGGUUUUGCCGCCUUCAGUUUGGCUAUUGAUAUGUACUUGCAUAGUGAUGCUGCUGCUCCACCAAAGAACGAUUACGAUUUAUGA